UAUGGUGUUGGGCACCAAGACAAAGUUACGUGGCCGCUGUGAACUUCCAUGCUGACAAAAUUACACUUGUUCCACUCAUUGUCGUCGUGCUAGUUUGAUCGUUGCGGUCACCGUCUGUAUUCACAAUUUCAUCGUCUGCCACGUUAAAACCUUUGGAAGAACAAAAACAACCAGGCCUUUCGUUUCGGGUGGAGCGACGAUUACGAAAGGGCAAGAAGCGCAGGAGAGGAUGAAGAACGGGACCAAGAGAUGGGGUUUCGUAGCCAAUCAGGAACUCAACACAGCCUCAGGCAUCACCGUUAGAGGCGUUCUCAAUAUGGUCAUGGCGGCAGUUGAUCCUGAAGAUCCUAGGUCCACCAUCCCUCUCGGCCAUGGCGAUCCAUCUAAGUUUCCCUGCUUUCGUACGUCUGAGGUUGCCGAGGACGCCAUUGUUGAGGCUGUUCGUUCCGCCAAGUUCAAUCAUUAUUCUCCCACCGUUGGAAUUCUUCCUGCAAGAAGAGCCAUUGCUGAAUAUCUUUCUCUUGAUCUCCCAUACAAGCUAUCACCGGACGAUGUUUUCCUCACUCUUGGUGCUACACAAGCCAUUGAGAUUUCUCUAACCGUCCUCGCUCGCCCUGGUGCAAAUAUUUUGCUUCCAAGACCAGGGUUCCCGUAUUAUGAAGCUCGUGCAGCUUUUAGCCAUCUGGAAGUUCGGCAUUUUGAUCUUCUCCCUGAAAAGGGUUGGGAGAUUGAUCUUGAUGCCGUAGAAGCGCUUGCAGAUGAGAACACAGCUGCAAUGGUUAUAAUAAACCCAGGAAAUCCUUGUGGGAAUGUCUUCAGUUAUCAACACUUGGAGAAGGUUGCUGAGACUGCAAAGAAACGUGGAAUUCUGGUGAUUGCAGAUGAAGUUUAUGAUCAUCUCGCUUUUGGAAGCAAACCUUUUGUGCCGAUGGGAAUAUUUGGAUCAACAGUUCCUGUCCUUACUAUUGGCUCUAUAUCAAAGAGAUGGAUAGUGCCUGGUUGGAGAGUUGGUUGGCUUGUGACAAGUGAUCCAAGUGAAAUCCUUAAAAAGACUAAGAUUGUUGACGGCAUUAAAGGUUGUCUCAAUAUCUCCUCUGACCCUGUAACUUUUAUUCAGUUGGGUUGCUCCAUUACGACCUGGGCAACAAGGGUUCAAAUCUUGGAAACAGCCUCUAUGUGUCUGCAAGGGGGUGCACUUCCUCAAAUCCUUGAAAAGACUAAUAAGGAUUUCUUUAGGAAGAUCAUAAAUAUAUUGAGGCAGUCUUCAGAUAUUUGUUACGAGAAAAUAAAGGAGAUUGAUUGCAUUACUUGCCCCCAAAAACCAGAGGGUUCCAUGUUUCUAAUGGUGAAACUGAAUCUGUCACUUCUAGAAGACAUAAAUGAUGAUAUAGACUUCUGCUACAAGCUGGCCAAAGAGGAAUGUGUGAUUGUUUUGCCAGGAAUCGCUGUGGGAAUAAAAAAUUGGCUCCGGAUCACUUUUGCAGUUGAGCCGGCUUCUCUUGAAGAAGCCAUGGGGAGGAUAAAAUCCUUCUGCCAGAGGCACGCCAAGCGACCACAAUGAACUAUCCAAUAAUCUCUCUCUCUCUCCCCCCCCCCUCUCCCACAAAAAAAAAUCCCCAUAAAAGGAAGUAAACAGUACUUCUAGUCAACCAAUCUGGAAGAGAAUCAACUGCGCGUUGGCUCUCUGCUCCAUUUUGGUGGUACCGUUAUUUUAGUUUUUGUGCUAAAGCUUCUCUGAAUCUGAACAAUAAGAGGAGGUAUUCUCACUUGAAUACCGUAACUAUGGUUUUUUUUCCUUA